UUUUUUUUUUUUGCCGAUUUGCUUUACGACAUUUUUGACAAACCAGAAGUGUCAGCCUAUGGCAAAGUUGUUUCUGGAGAGAAUUGUUUUAAUUAUUUAUUCGCUUUUUUUCUAGUUGAAGUCAAACGGAGAUCUUGAUGUCUCACUUCUAAGGAUACGAGAGAAGCUUACAAUGCGAGAAGCGUCCGCACAUUUUGUGCAGCUUUUGUCCACAGUGCUAGCUAACGAGCUCAUUUAGCCUGAAUCCUGUUUGUGAGCUUUCGUUCCUGGAGAAAGUACGAGCGAAAUUCCAUGUGAGACAUCCUCGCGUGUUCACCCCGAGCCCUCUGGGUGCUGUCCUUAGCAGACUCACAGCCGGGUUUUGAUCGUAAAAUGUGGCUACAGCAACGACUGAAGGGGCUACCAGGCUUGUUAUCAAGCAGCUGGGCGAGAAGACUCCUUAUAGGACUGUUGCUCUUCCUCAUUUUCUAUUGGUACCUGGGAGCCGAGCGAAGAUGGAGGUUAUUCGGUGGCUCGGCCAUGCCCGGAGGGGCGGCCGGCCAGUGUCUCUUGACUGAGAUCUACAGGUGGAGGUCUCUGGUAGACCGAGGAGAAGGCAUAUACAGCACACCUCAGGAACGGCUAGACACGCCUUUUGUAACUGGAAACGGCCAUAUUCUGAUUGAUAUUGAGUCUAACAAACUUUGGGUAGCCUCAUCCUCACAGCCUGGCUCGGCUCCGGUACACCAGACUGAGUACUCUCCCAGAGUCACCGUCAGCCUGGAUGGGGCGCUGGCCGAGGCUGAGGCUAACAUGCUGUGGUUCCGGAAGGGAUCGGUCCUGUCAGUCCGCUGCGCCUCACCAGCCACCCUGCAGUCAACCCGAGACUGUGUCACUAUUAGAGAGGAGUUUAUUGCUCAUAGAAGCAGACCUAACGUAUUUCUGCAGCGAAUCCAUAUCAACAAUCCCUCCGAUAGGGCGCUUAACCUGGACUUAUCGUCUGGAAAUCCCUCUUUCGGUAGCAAGUUCUCCACCAGUGUGGAGAAACUGGAGGACAGAGAGGUAGUCCUCUCCUCUGGCAGGGUGCCGGUGGAAAAAAAUAGGAUGGUUCUGGUCGUGGUGGUCACCAAAAAGCUAAGCAGCAGGAUCCAUGUUUUGGCUAAGUCAGAGCACGUAGACAACAUUGUGAGUGUGGUGUGGACCUCAGAGUCCAUCGAGUCCUCAAUGCUGGAGGAGACCUUCAGCGCCCUCAAAGACGGAGCGAAAAAGGAGCUGGAAGAGUUGCUGAGGACCAGUGAGGAUGACCUGGUCAAACACCACCAGGAAGCCUGGAGGGAGCUCUUCAUUUCAGGUAUUGAAAUGAGGAAGAUCAUCGACUCCCACACGCCAUCGAGCCGCACUGUGAACACCACCCUCUACUACAUCUUGUCCUCCUCCGCGGCUCCGCUUCUGGACCAAAGGCUAAAUGGCGAGGAGCGCGCCAGUCUCGAAUCCAGUCUCAACUACGCUGACCACUGCUUCAGCGGCCACGCUACCAUGCAUGCAGAAAACCUGUGGCCUGAGAGAGUAAGCAGCACUGCUCAGAUCCUGCAGCUGGUCACGCUGUGGACUCUGACUUUGCACAAAAGAGGCUGCAAGGUGUUGGUAGCUGCUGGGGCCCAUGGAGUCAUGCAGGGCAUGGUGCUCAGCUUUGGUGGCCUUCAGUUCACAGAGAACCAUCUUCAGUUCCAGACCGACCCAGACGUGCUGCACAACAGCUACGCAUUGAGAGGCAUUCACUACAACCAGGACCUCAUCAACUUGGCGGUGCUGUUGGAUGUGGACGGAAAGCCUUUUCUCCACGUGUCGGUAAAGCCGCAGGAAAAGCCGGUGAAGCUGUAUGCCUGUGAGGCCGGCUGCCUCAACGAGCCCGUGGAGUUAACCUCAGAGAUCAAAGGCCACACCUUCCCCGUCAUGGUGACGCAGCCCAUCACGCCGCUGCUCUACAUCUCCACAGACUUGCGGCAUCUGCAGGACCUCCGCCACACUCUGCACCUCAAGGCCAUCCUCGCUCACGAGGAACACAUGGCCAACAGGUACCCAGGCCUGCCCUUCCUCUUCUGGUUCAGCGUGGCCUCGCUCAUAACUCUCUUCCACCUUUUCCUGUUCAAGCUCAUAUACAACGAGUACUGUGGACCCGGAGCUAAGCCUCUCUUCAGGAGCAAGGUGACCAGCAAACAUGAGGAUAACUGCCAUGACUCCUUGGACACUGAGUGAAUGCUGCAGCAGUGUGAUGCACACACAUUUGGUUCUGCUUGAGCUUUGGGGGGGGGAUAUUAACAUGGAUGUGCUGACCUGUAAGUCACAGCCGUCAUCUGCUGCAGAGCGCUCCUGUAAAACAAACUGGUUAAAAUGGAAUUUAGUUUAUUUUUUGAAAUGGGACUGUUCAACCAGGUAACCCAGAAAAUAGAGCUCAUAAACCCAAAGCAUGAUCCAGUGAUCCGCUGGCUUUUGAGUUGUGGCUGUUUGACCAAACCUCUGGUACCAGCUUCUUAAAAGUAAAUGAUAAGAUUUAAGCUACAGCUGAGUCAGUUUACCUGAGUUUACAUGAUUCCUGCAUUUUUCAAAUAAUUCUGGCACUUUAGGUUUUGUUUGUCAGUAAUGAGACAGAAGACAUUCUAUUGAAAAGGUGUCGAACAGACAUUUUUAAGUUCAAAUGGAGAUGAUGGUAGACAUUUUAUUCAUCAGAAAAGCUGUUAGGUAUCAUGUGCAAUGUACAUGUUUCUAAUAAUUUAAUAAUAACACUUUCAUUAUAAUAAUUUCUAAGGGAAGCAUGCAGAAUAUGGAAAGUACUGGUCCCAACACACAAUCCUGCAGAACUCGUGCAUGAGGAAAAAUCAUCAUUCAGAUAAAUGAUGUAUCAGACAGAUGAGAUUAGACCAGCACAACUAUUUUAAUGCCAACAGUUUAUUCUAGUGUCUGCACAGAGCUCAGUGUCAGAGGCCAUGACAACAUCAUUAGUAACUUGUAGCUCUGCUGUUUUCUAUCUUUACUGAAGCACUUCAAAAACAAUUUGCAACUAUUUAUAACAACUUUAAUAAAAUAAAUAAAUCGAAGGUUAGAAUUGAUUUCAGAAUUUGCAAAAAUACUUGUAUCAAAUAAAGGGUUUUAAAAACAAUGCAAACUCAGUUUAUGUGUGUGCACAUUUCUACUACUUUUAACAAGUUGCAAAAAAUGUUUUGUAUUUUUCAACUGAGGUUCUUACGUGAGUGUACGUUCAUGAACACGUUGUAGCCGAGAGGAUGUGAAGCUUUUAGUUUCUGUUGUGUGUGCCUUAUAAUGAAGAAAGAAGCUAGGGUGAUUUCUGAUCGUGUAAAUUUAAAGCAAAUGAUUUUUUGUCUUACACUGGGGAGAAUAAAUCACGAAUUAUUGUGAGAAAAUAUUGAAAUGUGUUCAUUUUUUCUCUCUUCUUUCAUCUGGGACCCAUCGGACCCAGUGUCGGCUGAAUGAAACAGAACUAAUAGGUGAACAAACUGCACAUAAUUUACUGAACAACGAUUUGGCAGCGUUGUUAACCCAGGAUUAUCUACAUGUCUAAUUUGGCAAAGGUUUUACACUUCCCAAUGCAACCCUCCUGAUUUACCUGGGCUCGGGACCAACAUUAGGAAUAAACUGGUUUGGCUGGUUUCCAAGCAGCCUAUAUCAGCUUCAGGGUCACCUGAUCCAACCCCAUCUCUAAGUUUUAUCGAGAAAAAAAAAAGUGUGAAACUUAAUCUGGAGCCUAUUCCAACUGUCCCUGGGCAAGAGACACGUCAGGAGCCCAUAACAGGUCUAACACCAAAAGAUCUGGAAGACCACAAAAGAAAGUUCUGUGGAUGCUAGAAUAUAUUCCUUUGUGUCCAGUUACAAGGAAUUGUCUGUCCCAGUGAGCACAGUGGCCUCCAGUUCUCUUCCUGCCUGGCAAAUCUGAGCAAUCAGGGUAGAGAGGCUGUAGUUAGUGAGGUGACCAAGAACCCGAUGGUCACUUCAACAGAGCUUCAGUGCUGCUUUGUGGAGUGAGGAGCAUCUUCCAAGACAUCCAUUUCUGAAGCACUGCAACAAUCAGCCCUGUAUGGUAGAGCUGCCAAACGAAGCCACUCCUCAGUAAAUGAUGCAUGACAUGAGAAAUAAAAUUCUUUAGUUUGAUGAAACAAAGGUUCACCUGUUUGGCUUGAAUACCAAUCAUGAUGUCUGGAUGAACCAGGCACAGCUCAUCACCUGGUCAGUACCAUCCCCACAGUGAUGCGGUGGCAGCAUCAUGUUGUGGGGAUGGCUUUGGGGAGAGACUGGAAACUGAGAGACUAGUAAUGGUCAAAGGAAAGAUGAACGUGUACAGUGCAUGCUUAUUAAUAACCUGCUCCAGAGCAAUCUGGACCUCCAACUGGUGCAAAGGUUCAUCUCCCAACAGGACAAUGACAGUAGGGACACAGAAAGGGACUGAAUCAGGACCACUCGUUGAAUGUCCUUCAGUGUCCCAGGAAGGGCGGAAACUUGAAUCCAAUCUGUAAACCUUUAUAAACAAUAUUAAUGACAUAAUUUUAUAACUAAAUCAUGAAUUGUUUUGAUGCAGCCCACCACAGCUGUAUUUUAAUUUUUGACACAUCCUUGGUUUGCCUGAGGUCACAUGCAGACGAUCAGAGGACAGAGGACACAAGAAGCACAUUGUAAAGAAACAAUGAAUGCAAGUGGUGAACUGAAAUGUGACUGAAUCAACGGACACCAUCAACUUUACAGGUGCUCCUGCUGUCAGCCUCAACCUGAGUCUGUGUGUUUGUAAAUUCAAAUUCUUGCAAAAGUAAUCAUCAUGUUUCUGCAGACUGAUUGUUCCUGUUUUUGUUUUUGAUCCAACAAACAAACAAGCUGCUCAUCUGAUGAAGGCAUCCUGUGACCAGUUGAUAUUGUCUGUGCAUCCACCACCAAUGAAAUCUUUAGUCUGGCAGAGUGGAAGCAGACAAACACUAUUCCAUAAACAUGGAAAAGUGUAGGUCUUCCAACUGAUUUAGACGAAUGUUGUCAUAUAACAAUGAAGCAUGUCACCUUCAUAAGGCAGCUUUUAAGUAAUUAAAAGGCUGACACAUAUGCAGUACAUUCUAGAAUCAUCUAAGGCAGUGGUCCCCAACCUUCUCUGAGCCAUGAGUCGUAAGCUCAUGUUCAAAGAUGACAGUAUGCAUAAUUGGCCUCCUCUUUCACUCCUCUAUCAAACCAUGUCUUUUCUGUCCAGAAUGUGAACAUCAGCAUCCUCGAAGAGUGACCUUUAUCCUAGGGUGCAGAUGUGCGGCUGAGUCGUGUGCUGUCAAUAUGGCUCUUCUAUGUUGUGCCAUGUGUUUAUGGUUUAGGUUCUCCAAUGUAAUGGACUGAGCACUCCUCACUGCUCUGCACAGCAUACACAAUGUUGUUUAGUUUCUGUUUUGUCCUGGAGAUGAACCUCCACAGACCAGUUUUAGUAGUAGUUCUGUGUAUCAAUACCAAGAAAACAUUACGACGGC